GCGAUUACUGCGCAUAAAGCUUUAUAGUAAAGGUAGGCUGCCUCGAAAACUGCCUACAGAAGUCUCGCGGAAUCGGAAGCACUUAGACACUGGAUAACGGCAGGAAUACAUCAUGAAGGUUCACUUGGGCGUGAUUGUAGCAUCGCUAUUAUUUUAUGACUGCUCAAGUAAGAGCAUAAAAGAUGACGAAGUUACCCAUCUACCCGGAUUGGAGAAACAACCACAAUUCAGACAUUAUUCCGGAUAUCUGAAGGCAGGAUCCACACGCAAGCUACACUAUUGGUUUGUUGAAAGUCAAGACUAUCCACAAGACGAUCCUGUCGUGCUAUGGUUAAACGGAGGACCAGGGUGCAGUUCCUUGGGGGGUAUGCUCACUGAGCUGGGACCGUUCCGAAUCGACAAAAUGCGGCCUCAACUGCACCUUAACCCCUUCAGCUGGAAUAAGGUUGCCAACGUCCUGUUCUUGGAAUCACCUGCUGGAGUCGGAUUCUCCUACGACCCUUCAAAGCCGAUUGACUAUGACUACAGAACAAGCGAUGAUCAGACAGCAGAUGACAAUUACCUGUCCAUCAUGGACUUCUUCCGCAAGUUCCCGAACUUUCUGGAAAACGAAUUCUACGUCACGGGUGAAAGCUACGCCGGGGUCUACGUACCAAUGCUUGCACAACGCAUCCUUGAUGGUGAUAAUGACAUCAAUUUAAAGGGAUACGCCAUUGGAAAUGGAUACCUUGACGGGGAGAAGCUCGAGAUUUCUAAUCUCUACUUUGGCUACUAUCAUGGACUUUGGAGUUCACGCUUGUGGAGAAGCAUGAUAAAGCACUGUUGCAAAGAAGACGCCUUGACGGAGAAGUGCGAUUUCUACAUCGGCAGCAUGUCAUGUCUGAAUGAUGUUAGUUCAGCCUGGCGCAACCUGGCCGCACUGAACCCCUACAACAUUUAUGCGCCUUGUGAACGCAACGUCUCGGAUCCUAAAAUAGCGUACGUACACAACGUCCGGAACCUGUACAUGCGGAAGGUCAGCCACUUCAGCGAGGCACUGAAACCCAAAGUCUUCACUUCGCCGCCUUGUAUCAACGACCGAUCGCUCACUGAAUACCUCAACCGGAAAGACGUGAAAGCGGCCCUUCAUGUCGAAGAGUCGCCUCUCAAAUGGGUUCUUUGCAGCAGUGCCGUCCACUCCAACUACGCAGUGCAGUACAGUACCAUGAGCGAAGUGGUGAAGAAGCUUGCGGACACAGGUCGCGUGAGGGCGCUCAUCUACAAUGGCGAUUUCGACUCGGUUUGUGACUACCUUGGUGACCAGUGGUUUGUUGAUUCGCUGGGGUACGAGGCUACAUCUGGUUAUAACCAGUGGCUGGUUGACGGACAAGUGGCUGGAUAUCACAGAACCCACAAGGGAAACUUGACUUUCCUGACGGUAAAAGGUGCUGGCCAUAUGGUACCAGAGGACAAGCCGAAGGAGGCCCUGCAGAUGAUCACACGCUUCCUUAGGAAUUACUAGCCACUUUGAGUACACUAACGCUCUAGUAGCAUGAACCUCUCCGCAUAAGAGAAGCGACAGGAGUGCAAUCCAUUACUUCAACAGCCGUUUAACUUUAGCCUGUCCAGUACGGGCACCGCGGACCCUUACCUACGAUCGUGUUCUCUGUAUGAUCCGUGUAGACAUCGUAUAUAUGCGAUUUCCUCUGUUGUAAAGGACUGGACAAAACAUUACGGAACACACUCCGGCGCAUUCCUUCAGAACAGUGAAAUGAUAGCAGCGAAUGGGACCAUGCUGACUUGCAGACAUGUGCCUAGGUAAUCCAGUCACCUGUUUGCAAGUCCGCACGGUACCAUUCCCUGCUGUCGUGACUCUCUGAGAAAGGAAUGUGCCGGAACGUGUUCCAUAAACUUUUGUCCAGCACUGUACCACCUAAAUAUCUAUGAGUGGUAUUUGCAAUGCAUCCCCAAGACGACAACUUUAUUUGAAUGCUGAUGACGAUUGGGGAAUUUCAUCGUCUGUGGCGGUAAUGCGGUGGAAUGGAAUAAUAGUUACCUCACAAUGAGGGCCGAAGUCCUAAGGUGUCCAAGAACUUUACAAGUGCUUUUAGAGCACAGCGUAUACGUGAGCUAGAUUUGGCCAUGGACCAAGCAAUGUUGCCCCGAAUCACUGCGACAAAUAGAAAGUCCCGAAGUUUUCAUCUGUGCACAAAACAGGACUGAGAUCCCAUAUGUUUAUCGCAGUGCUAACACGACCUCCCUGCAGUGCACCUGCCUCAGAUGUUGCGCUGCUUCACAAGUCUCUGGUUGUGUUGCCUCUUUCUUCGUACUCUAUCUUCUUCUUAUUUUUUGUGGUCCUAAGUGGAAGUUAGCCUAGGCGAGCUGGCUUGCUGCUCCUGAGUCGUAUUGCUCAGUAUGCCUAUAUACGCACGGCAUGUCAGCCUCCUUACUGUUUUUUUGUUCCGCAGACUACACUGCCGGCAUUGAGAAACAAGACACAAUAAAUGAAUAAAAUAAAUAAAAGUAUUUAUGCUCAGCA